CUCCUUCGUCUAUCCUGAUCCCUCCUCACGUAGCGUGUUGUCCAUAGCACCAAACAUCAUGUUCGUGACCAGGAUCACAACCAGACCUGGAUAGAAAACAAUCACCACUUCGGGAAAAGUCGCACUUUGGGGGCCGAGAGCGGCGCCAUUUGGAGCCAGACGCGCAGACACAGCCAGCAGACAGCUGCUGCUGCUGCUGCUGCACCGCAGGAGCUGGAGGUGUUUCUGGAGCCCCAGGCUGUGACUCACCGGCGCGCAUACGUUCACACACAAACAGAUCAUUUUUGUCUUCUUUGAAAUAAAAGCAAAUCAAAUCUGCAUCUUUACUGGUAAGCGGGGUCACCUUGAGUGGGAUCUAUGGGAAAACUGGAGCUCAGGUUGUCUCCUCUUCCUCGCCUCGGUGGAGUGGGAGCGCAGCAGACUCUCCUUCAGGAUUUAUUUUGGCAGUAAAUUCACAGUUUGUUAAUUUUCUUCUUUUGGACUGCGCCUCUUCACCGGGACACUCUUCAGCGCGGGAGGGAGGAGGAGAAAAACAAAGAAAGGAAGAAAAGUGAACAGGAUUUCUUGACUCUGGCUCAGAGUCUCCUGGAGUGAUGGCGGCGUCUGCACCCUCCUCCUCCUCCUCUUCCUCCGGCGCCGGAGCAGAUCCCAACUCGACAAAUUUACGGCCGCCGGGCUCAAGUUAUGAUGCGUGGUGUGGAGUUGCUCAUGGAUGUACAAGAAAAUUAGGAAUGAAGAUAUGUGGAUUUCUGCAGAAGAACAACAGUCUGGAGGAGAGGAGCAGGAUUGUGAGCUCCCUGAAGGAGCGCACGGCCAAAAACCUCAUGACCUGCGACAACACCGGGGGAGACGCGCAUUUCAGGCGCGCAGAGACCGACUUCUCCAACCUGUACGCCAGAGAUCUGCUACCUUCAAAGAAUGGAGAGGAGUCGACCAUGCAGUUCCUGCUGGAGGUUGUGGAAAUCCUCACCAGCUACAUCCGGAAGACCUUCGACAGAUCCACCAAGGUCCUUGACUUCCACCAUCCUCACCAGCUGCUGGAGGGCAUGGAGGGCUUCAACCUGGAGCUCUCCGACCAGCCUGAGUCUCUGGAGCAGAUCCUGGUGGACUGCAGGGAUACUCUGAAAUACGGAGUGAGAACAGGCCACCCCAGGUUCUUUAACCAGCUGUCCACUGGAUUAGACAUCGUAGGCUUGGCAGGAGAGUGGCUCACUUCCACAGCCAACACUAAUAUGUUCACCUAUGAGAUCGCCCCUGUUUUCGUGCUCAUGGAGCAGCUGACGCUGAAGAAGAUGAGAGAGAUAAUCGGCUGGCCGAAUGGAGAGGGAGACGGAAUAUUUUCUCCAGGCGGUGCCAUAUCCAACAUGUACAGCGUGAUGAUUGCCAGAUACAAAUUCUUCCCUGAAGUCAAGACCAAAGGCAUGACAGCUGCACCCCGACUGGUGCUCUUCACUUCUGAGCAUAGCCACUAUUCCAUCAAGAAAGCAAGUGCUGCUCUGGGCUUUGGAACAGAGAACCUGAUCCUUUUAAAGACAGAUGAGAGAGGGAGAGUCAUCCCUGCUGAUCUGGAGGCAAAAAUAAUCGAGGUCAAGCAAAAGGGGUAUGUUCCAAUGUUUGUGAACGCCACUGCCGGCACCACUGUCUACGGAGCCUUUGACCCCAUCAAUGAGAUCGCAGACAUCUGUGAGAAGUAUAACAUAUGGCUUCAUGUGGAUGCCGCAUGGGGAGGAGGUUUGCUGAUGUCCAGGAGACACAAACACAAGCUGAGUGGAGUAGAAAGGGCGAACUCCGUCACCUGGAACCCUCACAAGAUGAUGGGAGUGCCUCUGCAGUGCUCCGCCGUUCUGGUCAGAGAGAGGGGACUAUUACAAGGCUGCAACUCCAUGUGCGCGGGCUACCUCUUCCAGCCAGACAAACAGUACGACGUCACGUACGACACGGGGGAUAAGGCCAUUCAGUGUGGACGCCAUGUUGACAUCUUUAAGUUCUGGCUCAUGUGGAAGGCAAAGGGAACAGUAGGAUUUGAGCAGCACAUUGACAAGUGCUUGGACCUGUCGGCGUACCUCUAUGACAAAAUAAAAUCCAGAGAGGGAUUUGAGAUGGUGUUCAACGCGGAGCCGCAGCACACUAAUGUCUGCUUCUGGUACAUUCCACCGAGCCUCCGCGGCAUGCCUGAUGGCAAAGAGAGGCGCGAGAGACUGCACAAGGUCGCUCCGAAGAUCAAGGCCUUGAUGAUGGAGUCGGGUACCACCAUGGUGGGUUACCAGCCGCAAGGAGACAAAGUCAACUUCUUCCGCAUGGUCAUCUCAAACGCUGCAGCCACCAGGUCAGACAUCGACUUCCUGAUUGAGGAGAUUGAGCGGCUGGGCCUUGAACUGUAAGACUCGCCUGCAGAGCGUGUGCUCCAGCAUCAACGGGCCUUGAGCUUUGCGUCAUGUUCAAUUUGUCUUUUCAAAACGGUUACUUUUUUGCCUCCGAGUAUUUUGUGGCAAUGCACAACUAAAAACAUAGUGUACCCGGUGUGUUUCUGUCAGUUCUGUCCUUAGCUACAGAGAUCUACAUGUUUAAAACAUUUGCACAUCCUACGGAAAAAAAAAAAAAAAAAAAAAAACGAACAAAGCACAGUGGCAUUCUUGUUUAUUAUGCAAAGUGUGAAUAAACCUCGAUGUUAAGUCGACGACAUUGAAAACUUUAAUAUUGAAACAAACCUGUUUCCAAAAAAA